AUGGACUAUGGUGAUGUUAAUGAAUAUGAUGCUAACCAGCUUAUGGCACUGUGCACGCGCGUCCCUCCUGGCCGCUUGCUCGAGCGCAGAGUGCUUGGCAACCUGCGCGCGCAGUUCUGCAGCCCGCGCACAUUCCGCCGCCUGAGCGACCUGGAAACUACUCUAAAUACUUACGUCCACUGCGUUCGUCUUCGAAGUAUUAAAAUGUUAAGACUUUUAGGGCUUCUUAUUCUGCUUCAUUUCGCGACUGGCUCUCUAAAUACGAGUGUUCUAUUUCAAGAAGUUAUUGCUUACCAAAAUGCUACGUAUUACAAAGCUGACUACGCUUACGAAGUCGUGAGUAAAAUUUAUAAUGCUUUCCGCCGAUGGUUCUUUACCAUAACAUUCUGCGAGUUCACAUACUUUGAAAAUAGAAUCCUUAAAUACACCGAGACUACUGGCUAUGGAUAUCCUGUCAUACUCCUGAAUGGCUGUCCUGAUACGAAUAGGACUAGAGUUAAACCAAAAAUAAAUAAACAUGGACAAACCGCCUAUGUCAUCACAGGAAAUGAUAUAAGUUUAGAUAUCAGCGAAUACGUUGUAGACGCCCUGAUUAGAACAGGCGUGUUCAAACCUAGAAGUGCUGUCAUAUUUAUAAUUAACGAACCAAUAGAAAUGGACAGUUACUUUUUCUACACAUUGAAAUGCCAUUUUCAGUUUCUCUGGAGUAAGAGCAUCACUAACUCAGUAGUAAUUUUGAAAUGGGAGCAAACAGUAAAAACGUUCACUUACAACUCUUUUAAAGAUGAACUUAUGGACAUCACUGAUGUUAAAAAUAUUACAUAUUUACUAUAUCAUCAAUAUGAUAAUCUUCUUGGUCACGUACUCAGAUUGAGUGUUUACAAAAAAAUAUCAAACUAUGAUGAGGAUGAGCCAAUUAAUUGCAAGUCGAGACUCGCGAGCAACAUUAUGCAUAGACUUAACGCCUCUUGUAAACCAGUAGCACCAAGAGACGGGAAUACUGUAGGAGACUUGUUAGAUAAUGGCACUGCUACGGGAGUAACUGCUGAUUUGAUGGACGGAUACACCGAUUUGGAAUUGAGUUCUCGUAUACUCAAAAACUCUUAUUACGGAUAUAUUGAUACUACGUACCCUCUUAUGCGAGACGAGUUAUGCUUCAUGUUGAAAAGUGCCGACAAACAAUCUACUUUUACCACUAUUCUGCAGCUGAUAUCAGUCACCACGUUCAUUAUAUUUAUGUUCAACGUCAUUUUUAUGACCUCUGUAACUGUAAUUGUACGGAAGAUUGAAAUUAACAUUUGGAAUUUGAAGAAACAAACACCAACAGGACAUAUUAUAAUGGAUCUCGUGAAGUGUUUCACAAAACAAACUGUAAAUUUGCAUAAAAAAAGGCCGGUUUUCAGAAUAAUGGUGCUGACUAUUGUAGUUUAUUCGCUUAUUGUCAACUGCCUUAUUGAGGGUAUCAUAACUUCAGCAAUAACAUACCCUCGAUACAGAAGUAAAGUCAACACUUUAGAUGAACUAUUCGACAGUAACUUAACUCUUGGGGUACAUAACCGCUACAUUGAAAUAUUUAACGCCAGUUUAACACAUAGUGCACGGGAAAAGCUAAAGACUCGCAUAGAGACUAUUAACGACAAAAAAAUUGUAGAGAUUAUCGAGGAAAGAAACUUCCAGUACGCACUUCUGUUAAGGAAAAGUGAUGCGAUAUCUGUAACCCAAAAAGUAAAAAACAUGGCGCAUGAUCGACCUAUAUUUCAAGUGAUGCAAGAGUGUCCCAUACCAUGUUUUAUUGUCUAUGGGCUUCGAUAUGGCAGUCCAUACCUUCGAAAAAUAGAAAACACUCUACAUCAUUUAAAUCAAGGCGGAAUUAUGAACUUCUGGUUGAAGGUUGAAGAGUACAAUAUCAAACGGAAUAUAUUUAAUACCGACGAUAAAUAUUUAAAACCAUUGAGUUUAGCUAACCUUAGAUCUGUUUUCAUCGUGUGGUCAAUAGGACUAGCUUUGAGUACUGUGUCAUUUUUACUUGAAAUUUUAAUAUAUCGUUGGUGUGAGAAAGUACAUAAUCUCAUAUAA